AGAGCUGCUAGAGCUACUAGAGCUCUAGCCACUCUAGCUCUGCCGGCUUUGCGUAAAGGCGUCGCCAGAGAAUCUGGUACCGUUAUUGGAAGAAUCUGCUAAAAAGGCUAAAAGUAAAAAGCAUCAACUAUCAACGCAAAGCACUUUAGUGAACCGGAAGUAAAUGUACCCAUAAGCGCAAAACUUCCGGUUCUUACAGCUUUGAGCUUGGCUUCGAGCCUUCGAGCGUGAGUUGCGUUAGUUUCGGUACGAAUCUGGGCUGCUGCUACGGCUGCUACGGUUCCUGCGGUUGCGUGCUCCCUAGGUACAGGAUCCUAACACAUUUUGUGAAAAGACGUCGCGAAAUAUGAAACUUUCUUUCCUCACGCGUAGCUUUCUUCGUGUUUUUCGCGACCCUCGCCCCUGCAUUCAUGUUCGAUGCUACACGAUACGCAAAGCUCUACCGGCAUGUCGUCGCCUCCUUUUUGGUACACGGGCGGCUUUUUCACGGUCAGUGUCGCUGAUCUCGAGCGCCACCGACGAAGACUUGAUCGAAUUCGAAAACUUCGUACAAAGUAGCGGUUACGUGGAUGACCAGCCCAGGUUCGGACAGCUCCGUCUCCCAUGUACGGGUCACAACGUCCUCGUCGUUCACCCGCGCGUCAGGAAGGGGCCGCGCUUCCGAAGCAAUACGACGGACGAGCUUCAACUGGCCGAAGCUGUGGCCCUUCUCGAGACUCUUCCCGAAUGGCACGUCGCCGCCAAGCUACAGCUCAGUACCGAGAAUGAAAACAGGCAGCUCAUAUUCGGCAAGGGCAACUUGGCGCGGAUCGCGGACCUCAUCAAGGAGAAGUCCAACGUGAGUGCGCUUUUCAUCAAUCUGGACGUGCUCACGUGCGUUCAGCACACCGCAUUGCAGCGACAUUUUGGACUUCCCGUCUACGAUCGGUACACGGUCGUGCUGAACAUCUUCCGUCACCAUGCCCGCACCAAAGAAGCCAAACUGCAGAUCGCGCUUGCAGAGCUGCCUCACUAUCGGUCCCGCAUACGACAGCUGCACCAAGGCUCCCGCCCCGAGAGCGGCCAGCAUUACGAGCUACAGAAGCAGAUGCUCAGAAACCGCGAGCAAGCGCUCAAGCGGCAGCUCGACGAGAUCAAGGCGCACCGCCAGCUCCUGCGACAGAAGCGCACCAAGCUCGAGUUCCCCGUAGUGGCUGUGGUCGGGUACACCAACGCAGGUAAGACGUCGCUCAUCAAGCAACUGACAGGCGACCAGAGACUGGAGCCCUGCAACCAGCUUUUUGCCACACUGGACGUGACGGCGCAUGCGGGUCGGCUGCAAUCUUUGCCGACCGUGCUGUACAUGGACACAGUGGGCUUCAUCUCGGACAUUCCCACAACCUUGGUGGCCUCCUUCGCAUCCACCCUCGAAGACGCCCUCCUGGCCGAUGUCAUUGUCCAUGUUAGAGACCUCAGUCACCCAGAUGCUGAGGCUCAGCGGCAAAACGUCAUGGAGACGCUGGCAAGAAUCGACGUGCCAAAGAGUCUUCUGGAAAGCAUAGUCGAAGUUGGCAACAAGAUUGACCUGCUGCCCUCCUUGCCAGAAGGCAAAGUUGAGAACUUGGUAUCCUGUGCCGACGGCACGGGGUUGUUGCAAUUGCAGCAUGCUAUCGAGAGGCAGCUCAUUAAAAACACCGGGCGGACAGUCGUGAGGUUGCGUGUGCCGACCGGUGGAUCGGAGUACCAAUGGCUCUUCAGGGAAGGAGCCUUCCAGACUUGCAGUGUGGAUGACCGGGACAUCAAUUAUUCGUUGGUUGAUGCUGUGCUGACACCUGUGGCCCUUGCCAAAUUUAGAAAUCACUUCGGGAAUGCUUCAAUUCUCAAUUAAAUUGUGCGAAA